AGAAUUAGGUUAUGACUUGUGACGUUUUUGGGAAAAUUUCCACUUGCUUUUUUAUAAUUUCAACUCAUUGGAUUUAUAAAUAGUGGUUCAAGAACAUUUGCAUUUUCUUAUCCUAUGAUAUCGAAAUAAUUUUUUAAGAAUUCGAAAAUGUCAGACGAUCAUAUGCCAAAAGUUGAUAUAAGUAAAUUGAGGCAAAGAGAGCUGCAUUUCAUCAAGGAGGUUGAAGCAAAAAAUUUGGAAAGAGUACAAAAGUUGAUGGCUCUUCGAAGGAAAAAUCUUAUAACUGGACUUCUAUUAGGAGUUGGUGUUCUUGGUAUCUAUGGUUAUUCUAUGUAUGCUGUAAAGCAAGAAACUUUCCUUGACGAUUUUGAGGAACCAGCUAAAGUACAUCAGUAAUGGCAGCUUCCUUACCACAUAUUCGUUUACCUCCUCUUCCAUCAAUUAGAGAUUUAGUUAAGUUGUAUCGCAUUAGAGCUCUAAAAAAGUUAUCUCAAAAUUUUUUAAUGGAUGAACGCAUAACUGACAGAAUUGUUAAAGCUGCUGGACACAUCAGGAACCAUUAUGUUUGUGAAAUCGGUCCAGGCCCAGGAGGAAUCACCAGGUCUAUAAUUAAACAGUCUCCCCACAAGUUAAUCGUUGUUGAAAAAGAUGCCAGGUUCUUACCAACCUUGGAGAUGUUGCAGGAAGCCUGUAAAGGUUACAUAAAAAUGGAUAUAGAAAUUGGAGACAUCAGAUCA